AGAACGACAUGUUAUCCAAGACUUCUGCGGUCAAUGCAGUACUGACACACCUCAUACUUCCCAAUUAUUGAAUACGAAUUCUUGCCCAGUACGACCAAAUGUAAGAGUUACUAUCAAGAUGAAAAAAAGACAACACCUCUAAGUUCCCUAGCGUAUUAUUGAAGAAACAGAAAGUGUGCGGGAGCACUGUCAUUGCCAAAAAUAUCUAUUUCAUGCAAAGGGGAUUGAAGUGAAGGACUAAAUGCAAAACGAAGGAAAACCUAAGCAUCCAAAUAUUAAACACCAUUUUAGCCUACAUGUGUAUAGACAACCAAUUGGUCAAAAGAAACCAACUAAAAACUAUCACAAAUCCGUUUUUACAUUUUUCAGCGAAGGUUUCAAAGAAUUGUAAAUAUAAGCACGAGAACGGCGAUUGCUGGGGUCAUGACAUCAAACACUAUGGUGGGAAGACCCUUCAUCAGUGCAAGAGGUUGUGUACAUAUAAAAAUGAGUGCAAGUCUAUCCAGCAUCGAGGACGGAGCUGCUGGCUAAAGCGGUACGCGUGUAAGUCAGGACAACUAAGGAACAGAGGAAACAAGACCUACCACCAGUGGACAAAACUAUCAUGCGGAGCUUCUGGGUCACCAAAAAAAACAGGUAAACCGACUGGUGGAAAGUCAAAGCCCUCGCCAAAAAAGUCUACAUCAGGUUCUUUCUUUGGAUAUCCAUCGUGGCUUGUUCUUGGCCCCACCACCGAACCAAAGCCAAAGCACCUCAAAGGCUUAACACUUACCGUCAAGGGUGUAACACAAACCUCUGGUCCCGGAAAGCUAAAAGCCUGGAAUUACCCUGGACUCAAGACUGCCUACACAAAGGUAUCCAACGGCGGCAAGCUGGACUUCAAAGGCAGUUUCACAAUUGCGGUAUGGUUCUACCAGGAUCAGGUCAAGAACGGAGCAAUCGCAGAAUGGCGUGGUAACGGCCCCUUUGGAACACACUUUUGGAUCUGGCAAGGAAAACUCUUUGUCAAUGUCGACCCGAAAACAGGCCCCACCCUCAUGCAGCACUUCAAACAGGUCACACCUAAGAAAUGGCAUUUCAUCGGAGUCAGUUACAACGCGGACACCGGAGAGUUGCUCAUGUGGAUUGACAGUGACCUACUACUCAAAAAGAGGACGAAGGCAAUACCUGACACCUCUGGCGAUGUGUAUACCGGGAUCAGACCAGCUAACAAGAGCUAUCCCUUGAAGGCUAAACUUGCUGGCCUUACCAUACUGAAGGGCUCAAUCAAAACCAAAGACCAGAUCGAUAAACUGAAAGGAGAUAUUGGCAAGGCUGCAGGUGGGAAGAAAUCUGGCAAAAAAUCUGGCAAGAAAUCUGGCAAGAAAUCUGGCAAGAAAUCUGGCAAGAAAUCUGGCAAGAAAUCUGGCAAGAAAUCUGGCAAGAAAUCUGGCAAGAAAUCUGGCAAGAAAUCUGGCAAGAAACCUGGCAAGAAACCUGGCAAGAAAUCUGGCAAGAAAUCUGGCGGGGCAGCCCCAACCAAGAAGAAACCGGAAGGCAAGCCAGACAAGAAAACUGGUGGGGCAGCCCCAACCAAGAAGAAAGCAGGAGGCAAGCCAGACAAGAAAACUGGUGGGGCAGCCCCAACCAAGAAGAAAUCCGGGAGCGCGCCUGGCAAGAAAACUGGUGGGGCAGCCCCAGCGAAGAAGAAAUCCGGGAGCGCGCCUGGCAAGAAAACUGGUGGGGCAGCCCCAACGAAGAAGAAAUCCGGGAGCGCGCCUGGCAAGAAAACUGGUGGGGCAGCCCCAACGAAGAAGAAAUCCGGGAGCGCGCCUGGCAAGAAAACUGGUGGGGCAGCCCCAGCGAAGAAGAAAGCAGGAGGCAAGACCAGUACAAAAACAGCUGCCACAUCACCAGGAGGCAGUGAAGAUACGGUGUCAAUCAAACUGGUGAAGAAGGUGAAUGGAAAGUGUCCACCGGGAACAAAAGUUCAUCCACUUUGGCCUAACCUAUGCCGAAAGAUUAUCCUCAUCCAUCUGACGCACAAGGACGAGUUAGGGAAAUGUCCGGCAGGUACCAAGCAGUACAAAAAAGACCCAAAACUAUGCAAAAUCACUGACAUGAAGGCUUUCCAGGCGAUAGUUUUCGUCCACCUUAGGACAAUUGCCAUGACUGGCGGCAAAUGUCCAUCUGGUAGUGUGCCUUACACCAAGAGAAAAAAUACCUGCAUAAUUAACCAAUGGCUGAAGUUCAAAAAAGGAUCUGCUCCUUUGAUUGCGUUGGAUUCAAAUGGCAAAUGUCCAAAAGGUAGCGCUCCAUAUCCAAAGGAGCCUGGAACGUGUUUGGUCGGUGAUGCAUUGGGAAUGCAACUGAAGAAAGGUUCUGGAGGAGCUGGUGCAAGUAGCAAGAAAGCAAGAAAGAGAAAGGGUAGUUCCGGGAAAGGUGGUCCAGCGAAAGGGAAAAGAAAAAAGGGUGGUUCCGGAAAAGGCCAUAAAGGGAAAGCGUAAUUCCGGGAAAGGAGAAGGAGGAAAGAGGCAUGGGAAUGUGCAUAAACCAUAGAUGAAAUGGUCCGCGAUUACGAUGUCCAUAAGAUCUUCCUUUUAAAAAGACCAGAAAUGAACCAAUCCAUGGUCAGAAAGUCUUUGAAUGAUUGAA